AAAAUCCCGAAAACCAAAACACCAGAAAAAAAGAAAAAGAAAAACAGACAACACAAACACCUGCACGCACACCUUAGCUAGUAGUAGCUAACGGUGCCACAGCAAUGGCCGCUACAAUUUCCACGUCUUCUCAUCUCCUCCUCUCCGGCAGCACCCGUUCCAUCAUCCGUCUAUCACCGGCCCGCCUCGGUGGCAUCUUAGACAACAAGUCUCUACCAUGUCUCAGCAAGAAAAACAUACACUGCAGCAGCAACGUGGCACAAAUCCGAUGCGCGGCUGUUGGGACCACAUCAGAGUCGGAGACUAAGAAGAAAAGCGGGUACCAAAUCCAAACGCUUACGAAUUGGCUGUUGAAGCAAGAACAAAACGGGGACAUUGAUGCUGAGCUGACGAUCGUCCUCUCUAGUAUAUCGACGGCGUGCAAGCAAAUCGCAUCGUUGGUCCAAAGGGCCGGCAUCUCGAACUUGACUGGCGUGCAGGGCGCCGUGAAUAUUCAGGGAGAAGAUCAAAAGAAGCUCGAUGUCGUGUCCAAUGAGGUGUUCUCUAAUUGCCUGCGAUCGAGUGGACGGACAGGGAUCAUUGCAUCUGAAGAAGAGGACGUACCCGUCGCCGUGGAAGAGAGCUACUCAGGCAACUACAUUGUGGUGUUCGACCCGCUAGACGGGUCUUCCAACAUCGAUGCGGCCGUGUCGACCGGGUCGAUCUUCGGAAUAUAUAGCCCCAACGACGAGUGCCUUGCAGACAUCGGCGACGAUGAUACGCUCGAUCAAAUAGAGCAGAGGUGUGUCGUCAACGUCUGCCAGCCUGGCGACAAUCUACUGGCGGCGGGCUACUGCAUGUACUCCAGCUCAGUGAUCUUCGUCCUCACGAUCGGCAAAGGCGUCUUCGCCUUCACACUCGAUCCGAUGUAUGGUGAAUUUGUGCUAACUCAGGAGAACAUCCAGAUACCAAAGUCUGGUAAGAUCUACUCCUUCAACGAAGGCAACUACCAGCUGUGGGAUGAGAAUCUGAGGAAGUACAUGGAUAGUCUCAAGGACCCAGGCCCCACCGGCAAGCCUUACUCGUCCCGCUACAUCGGCAGCUUGGUGGGCGAUUUCCAUCGUACAUUGCUCUAUGGCGGCAUCUACGGGUACCCAAGAGAUAAGAAGAGCAAGAAUGGGAAGCUGAGACUCUUGUAUGAGUGCGCGCCGAUGAGCUUCAUUGUAGAGCAAGCUGGUGGGAAAGGUUCUGAUGGGCACCAGAGAGUACUCGAUAUCCAUCCUGAGGAGAUACAUCAACGUGUUCCUCUUUUCAUUGGAAGUGUGGAGGAGGUGGAGAAAGUUGAGAAGUAUUUGGCAUGAUAUUCCAAACCCAAAAAUGUAAUUCAGUUUAUUAAGUUGUUGUACUACAAUUCCUUUGAAAAUGUACUUGAAAUUCGUUUUCAUACAGAAAGAUAAGGAGCCAAUGUUCAGUCUA